AUGAACUACUUACCUGAGGACUCUGAAGAGAGAUCAGUACAUGAGCUGCAGAAUCGUCUGCUGAAUGCUCAGGGACAGAUUGUGAGUGGUCAGCCCUAUGCCUCUAAGGCAUCCAGUAACCAUCCUUCACCUAUAGCCAAACCAAGCAAAGUAUCAGAAGUUCCUGCAUACAAAGAGGGAAGUAUACAGGCUUUAUCCAAACCUCCAGCUAGCACUGGAUUUCCACCUCAACCACCAGUGCCUUCAGUAUUUAUGCCUCAACCGACGCACACAACAAUGGGUCCCCCUCCAUCUGUCCCAUUCCAGCCUGCCUCUGUCCCACAUUCUAAUGCCUAUCCGAGGGCUGGACCCUGGCCGCCUUACCCAGCACAACAGCCACAACCAGGUGUACCAGGAUUUGUACAGUGUCAACCGUUCAAGCAAACAGUCCAGAUCCCAACGGCUACUAGUUUAACGCCAUCACCAGUGAUAGGACAUAUACCACCUUCGAUUCCUAUGAAUGUAUCAGGUGUUCCUGCUCCUUCUGGAACCAAUUUCUUCCCUCCAGCUUCCCACCAUUCCGCACGUGGAUCUACCAUUCAUUCAGCUUCAGGAUCAUCUAUGUUAAUGGGUCAGCCUCCAACACCCCCCAACAUGACUGCAUCCCAUACUCCAUUCAACUACCCCGUGGGCUUGGGAUUUCACCAUGGUGGACCAGGAGCUCCUGCUAAUCUACCACCACCUCCAACAGGUUCAUGUUCCUGGCUGCAGACUAGGAACGAUGCAACAGGAGAGCAUGAAGGUUGGGCUGAAUCGCUGAAAGCCGGUAUGCAACGUAAAAAGCCAAGUGCUUUCGUUCCUCCAGCUCCUAUCACUGCUCCAGUGAUGAGUCUUUCCUCUGAGCCUGACCUCCUCCAACCUCACUUGAGCAGCAGUCAUGACCUGGUCAGACACCCCCUGGUGCUCCUAAAGAAGCAAGCGUACAGAGUUUGCAUCGGCUGCCUGUAGAAAAAAUAGAGAAGAAAGAGUUUACCCGCAGAGCAUCUACCUCUCCAAAGAACAUUCAGUGGUCUUGUACAGCGCUGUUCCUCAGUGGCAUCUGACCCAAAAACUAAAAGAAAACUUGAAGAUGCUUUGCAAAGGUUGGAGUGUUUAUAUGACAAGCUAAGAGAAAACUCACUCUCUCCGCAUAUCCUGGCUGGACUGCAUGAAAUCGCCCAUUGUGUGGAGAGCCAAAAUUACCAGCAAGGUCUUGUUGUUCACUCACAGGUUGUCAGCAGCAGCAACUUCAGUGAAGUCUCCAGUUUUAUGCCCAUUUUGAAAGUCCUUAUGACUAUUGCC